AUGUCGCAACAAUCCGACGACUCCCAAACUGCCGCAGACUUUAUUAGAGACCAACUGCAGCUGGAGGCUGAUGCCCGCGAAGCUCUCCCUUAUAGCAUCGAGCAUUGCACCAAGCCACUUGGACCAUUGCUACAGAAUGUGUUCGCCUGUCUAACUUGCCAUCCGCCUCCCGAGAAUCCAUCCGAUCCCUAUAACCCUGCUGGCGUGUGCUACGCAUGCUCCGUCCAAUGUCACGGCGAGCAUGAAUUAGUUGAGAUCUUCCAAAAACGCAAUUUCACUUGUGACUGCGGUACAACUCGGUUCACUUCAGACCAGCAGUGCACUCUUCGAAUCAAUCCUGAUACCAACACAAAGGGAGGCGUCCACUCCGAACCGCCAGAUCCUAAUAACAAAUAUAACCAGAACUUCCGCAAUCGCUUUUGCUCCUGUUCUAUAUACUACAAUCCCAACGAACAGGUAGGUACUAUGUACCAAUGCCUCGGUCUCGGCACUCAUGAGACCGGUGGCUGCGGCGAGGAUUGGUAUCAUCCUGGCUGUCUUGUCGGUCUAGGGCCCAAGUGGUAUGAGAAGCAGAAAGCACAUAGCGCAAAUACCAAUAUUGAUAGCGCCAAUGGCAAUGGUACACUUCCCACUGUUUCUGAGAACGUCACUCAGGAGAACCGCCCGGAACAACAAGCCAAUGGCAACCAGGAAGCGCAAGAGGAGGAUGAAGAUCUCCCUCUACCAGAUAGCUUCCCCGCCGAAGAUACGUUCGAUCAUUUCAUCUGCUAUAAAUGCGUCGAAGCUUAUCCCUGGAUUAAGAGGUAUGCUGGAACGCCUGGAUUUCUCCCAGCAGUGUUCUUGCAAAAGAACAUUGAGAUAUCCUCUAAGAAGCGUAAGCUAGAAGGCGAUGAUGGCAUUGGAGAAGAUAGCGAACGUAACAAGCGCGUUAAGAAUGAGUCUGAAGAGGCGCAGACCGUUACACCUCCAGCCAAAUCACAUGAGAUUUCCCCGCAGAUCAAGAAUGAAGAUCAGAAGGAAAGCCAAGUUCCAUCCGCUAGAGAGUGCAAGGUGGCAUCUCUAUCUCCCGCGCCAAGUGGCCAAUUUUCGUUGUUCACCACUUCGGAUUUCCGUGACCGGCUUUGCCGAUGUGCCUCGUGCUUCUCAGAUCUUAAAGCUCACCCGCAACUCCUAGAAGAGGAGGAAGCAUACGAACCCCCUCUUUCGGACGGAGCAUCCGAACAAGGUUCGACUCAUGGUAGCGGCUCAUUAUAUGACCGUGGUGAGUCGGCUCUAAAGAAUGUGGAUCGCGUCCGUGCGAUCGAAGGCGUCAUGGCGUAUAACCAUCUAAAGGAACGCCUCAAGCCCUUCUUCCAGCAGUUCGCUGAAAGCGGCAAGGCGAUUGGCGCCGAAGACAUCAAAGAGUAUUUUGCUAAGCUCAGAGGCGACGAGCAAGCGAUCAAGGACGCGGGUGAGGCUGCAAAAGGGGAUCAUAGGCAGGAGCAGAGCGGUUACUAG